CAGACUUAAACAGGAAUCUUUUCCUACAAUUUUAAUAAAAACGCGUCAGCAGAGCUUUAGAAUUUGACCUGAACGAGAUGAAAGCAUGGACCUAUUGCGGCGCGCUACAUGAACAUGUUGGAUUAUGUUUUUAUGCAAACCAACACAUGCUUAAACUCUGAGCUGCUUAACUAUAACACCCCAAUUAAUCACUUUAGUAAAACUCAGGGUUUCCUCAGAAUUCAAUCAGAAGACCGAAACAGGACAGUGUCAAGCUAAAAUUUAAGAUUUGGGCUGGAUUAAAUCCGCAGAAAGGUCAUUUCUGAAUCUCUGACAGGCAAACAAAGGCUUCACUUUACAGGCUGAAGGAAGUGGCGCUCACCUAUCUGGACUGCUCAUCUCUGAGCGCCAUUCUGACAUGCACAGAAUUUAAAUCUCAAGCGUGACAGACCAAAUCAAAUCAAGUUUGAAAGAGCCGUAAUAAGAUCUUAACAGGUGAUCUUAAAAAGAGAAAAAGAGCAUGAGAGGCAGGAUCUGCGGAUAAAACCUUCAGUUUAUAAUAACCAAUCCUUACCACAGAAUCUGCUCAGGUAUAAAUUCAAAAUCAGUGUUAAAUAUCACACGCAGAUUUUUGAUUUCAUGAAAGGUACCAGUUCCAAAGUUGAUCUUCUGCAAGUACCAGUAUGACCAAAGAUGAUUAGGUCAGGUUUUAUUUGUCUCACACUGUGGUCAUUCAGUGCUUCCAGCGUUUGAUUAAAUCAAGAUAAGAAAGCAAGAAAAAGGGAUUUUACAAUUUAAUUGAAUCGGAUUUGUUCUGAAAAAAGAUAUCAGUGAAAUGUAGCUGAGGGGAAGCGUGUAGUGGGAGAAAGAUAUGGGCCCGAGAAUUGAGCCUUGACGCACUCCGGCCAAAAAUGGGACCUAGUAUGAGACACUCACAGAGGUGCACUAUUUUAUUAUGUAAAAUCUGACAUAAUUCAGACAUAGUUCUCCAGAUUAGAGAACCAAAUAUUGUGGUCCACUGUGUGAGCAUAACUUUUGUGAAACAAAGAAGUAACAGCAGCUAAAGCAACAGAAUCUGUCGCUAUUCAAACAUAUUUAGUAUCUUUUGGGGUUUGUGCGUUUGAGGUCUGUUGGAGGCUUUAUUUUUUACUUCUGUCUCAAUCUUGGCUCCGUACUGCAUUUGUGAUCCUGCAGCUUUAGUCUGGGCUCACUCACUGCUCUGCUUUGUCCUGGCAUGUUCGCACACUCCCUGUUCCUGCACUUUGACUGAGAAACCUAUUUCACCUCUGCUGUGCUGCAGACUCUGUUGACUCCAUGGCCUGAUGUGCUUUUCUGUUGCAGGAACAAACUGCCACAUCAAGAGAGAGUUGAUCAAGAAAGGCCGAGCCCUCCUGUGGAUUACAAAAGCCAUCAUGGCCGUUUCUUAUACGAAGCAUACAUCUCUCUUCCCCCUGGUCUUCCUCCUCUGUGCCCCUCUCGCAUGCCAGUCCCAAAACACCACAAUAAACUCCACAACCACUCCCUCAAACAUUACCUACCUGACGGGUGUGCGAGGCUGUGGAACUGGACUGAAUCCUGAGUACAGGUACCUGUGUGACCGCCGGGCGGCAUGGGGCAUCGUGCUGGAGACCCUUGCCUCUGCAGGCUUCCUGUUGAGUAUAGGUCUCCUUCUGGGCCUGCUGCUCUGGACCUUGUGCACCUGCAUGUCUUCUCGGCACAGCCGCUGCGGCACAGUAGGGGGCUCAAUACUCUCCAUGUCCUUGUUCCUCCUGGCCACUGCCGGCAUCUUCGCCAUCACCUUCUCCUUCAUCAUCGGCCUCACGCCCCAGACCUGCCCCACCAGGGUCUUCCUCUUCGGGGUGCUCUUCGCACUGGCCUUCUCCUGCCUGCUGGCUCGCUGCCUCGCGAUGCUGGGUUUCGCUGCCGCUCGAGGCUGGGGGGAACCAGGCGUGGCGUUGGGGCUCUUUGCCGUGCAGGUCAUCAUCUCCACAGAGUGGCUCAUCAUCGUCCUGGUGCGGGACCAGAAACCCUGCGAGUACAGCCAGAAGGAGUUUGCCAUGCUGCAGAUCUACGUGCUCUGCCUCUUGCUGAUCAGCCUGAUCCUGUCCAUGCAAAUCCUGUGCCGCUCCUGCUUCACGUACAGCUACAGCUACACAGGACCCACCAACCAGCAGUGGAGGGCUCAGGCUGCAACGCUUUUCGUCACCCUGCUGCUCUCCGCCUGCAUCUGGGUGGUGUGGAUCGCCAUGCUGACUAGGGGGAACCCUGAGGUGGACCGCCGGCCGGUCUGGGACGACCCGGUGCUGAGCAUCGCCUUGGUUGCAAACGGGUGGGUGUUGGUGAUCGGGCACGGCCUGUCCCAGGUCGCCUUGUUCUGCAGGGGGGAGGCCACAGCGCAGGAAGUUCCUCUAAACUUUGUAGGCUGGACCAGCCCCAACGCCAACAUUCCCGGACUGGAAAGCCAGAAGGAAGGAAAGGAAAACGGAAGCUUUGAGACCGAUGGCGAGAACAGGAGAGGCAGGAGAGCUGAGCCAGCGCUGCGAUCCCCCUACGAAUCAGGCUUCUCCAUGACGGAGAUCGACCCCAACAAGGAUUACACCAUCCCUCGCCCUCAGACCACCAACUUCAAUCAACCCUAUGACGAAUACUAUGGAGAAGAAUAAAAAUACAUCACGGCUCACCAAUGCACAUGCAGAAAAUCCACCGCAAGACCAAAGGGUCAUGGACGUUUAUAUGUGCAAAUGUAAAUAUUGUUGGUGUUUUGUUUCGUAAGAUGAAAUGCUUCCGUAAGUGAAAUGGGAAUCAGACGUCUGACGAGGUCGGAUGGAGAGCAGAGGAAUCGAGUCUCUGUCAUUAUAUGUGGUCACGUUCUGUCCUGAUCAGAGAUGUAUAUAAAAGCCCCCCUGAGGUGAAAAAGGAGGCGUGAAACCAUCACAGCAAAGGUGCCAAAAGCGGGUUGUCAGACAGGAGAAAGGCCAACGGAUGAGAUGAAACCGUGAGGUGGGAUCUGAGAGACGGGAUGAGAUCAGAUGAGAUGAGAUGAGAUGAAACGGACGACAGGACAGGACUGAGUGUGCCAUUACAGACUUGCAUCCUCUCACUGAGAUUUACAGUUUUGCUGUUCUGUGGUUGUUCCUGCACAAGGUAGAUUAAGUAGAUGUGCACCGAUUGCAUUUUUAAAAAGCCUGACCUGUUAAUUUUUUUUUUGGCUGGAAGUUGCUAAAUAUAGUGAUAAAGUCACGAACUUGGUAACAGUGGGGUGACUAUUGUUAAUUGGUGGAUGAGAUCACAUGUACCGUCCGUUUGCCCAAAAUUAAGAAAAUUGGGGUGGAUUUCAGGGUGAAGCCCUGAAAUUAAGAUUACACCGAAAGAUGUCUGCCGAUAAGUUGCAAUUUCUAUAACAUAUAAAAUAUUUUGUCAAUAAAAAGUUAUUUUACAGAG